UCCAGCCCUCUGGGACAGUUUUGGGGGUGGACAGAGUGGCUUUGUAUGCAGAACAUCACCGGACACCGACGGGAGGGCGGCCGCGGUCAGUCGUUCUCUGUGUGUCUGUCGUGAAACCAGACCUACCUCUGAUGAUCCCGGCGCCACACACACACACACACACACACACACACACACACUUCUCCAUCUGCUGCCCCGGGAGCCCUGCCUUCUGCUUCCUCGGGACGGAGCCCCCUCCGAGAGAGAGAGAGAGAGAGCGUGUUAGUGUGGAUGUGUGUGUAGUCGAGAGUCUUGAUUCUCCGGAGGUCAGGAGCGGACGGGCUGCCAUGUGGAACUUGUGGGAUUAAACUUUCCAGAGGCUCGGCGGGGACGGACAAGCGAUGGACCGGGACCCGCGAGACGAGUAGCACAAGCCCUGGAGGACCCCAGAGGAAGAUCUGCAAGCUCCACUAGAAGACCCCCCAGCCCUCCAUUUACUUGAAAGCACCUCCUGCGUUUCUGCGUCCUGUGAAGCCAACCCGAGUGUGUGUGUGUGUGUGUGUGUGUGUGUGUGUGUGUGUGUUGCGAGCGGCCCAUGCGGGCGGCGAGCGAUGUGGAUCUGAGCAAGCCCCGCGCCCCGAUGCCCGCCGCUAUGCUGCCGUGCCCCGCGCCGGCCGGGCCCGACUGGAGCUUCCAGAACCCGGUGGGCGUGGACUGCAGCUCCCCCGAACCUCGCUGCAUCUGGCUGGCGGUGCUCCGCGGCACCACCACGGGCCCCGUGCCGCCGCCGCCGUCCCUGCCGCCCGCCAUGCCCACCGGGCAAAGCAAGGGCUCUCUUCUUCAGCCAAGGGCGAAGGGGCGGAGGGAUGGUCUCUCCUCGGCCGGCGACAACCCUCGGCCGCCGAUGGCGACCCGGCCGGGAAGGGAGGGGGUCGGCGUGGGCUGGAAGGGCCCCCGGACGCUGGUCCUCCACAAGAACUCCCAGGGUUUCGGCUUCACGCUGCGCCACUUCAUCGUGUACCCGCCGGAGUCGGCCCUGCACACCAACCUCAAGGACGAGGAGAAUGGUAACGGAAAGGGGUACCAGCAGAAAGGCCGACUGGAGCCCAUGGACACCAUCUUUGUGAAGAACGUGCGGGAGAAAGGUCCGGCCCACCAGGCGGGCCUGUGCACAGGGGAUCGGCUGGUGAAAGUGAACGGCGAGAGUGUUCUCGGGAAGACGUACUCGCAGGUGAUCGCCCUCAUCCAGAACAGCGAGAGUGUGCUGGAGCUCUCCAUCAUGCCAAAAGAUGAAGAUGUGCUUCAGUUGGUAAGUGCGUACUCCCAGGAUGCCUACCUGACGGGCAACGAACCCUACUCGGGGGGAGCCGACUACCUCCCGCCGCCACCUUCCCUCUGUUACCCCCCCGUCGGAGCGCCUCCAUCCGCACCCAUGGGCCAGAACCAGCUGGACAACUGGAGUCACUGGCCCGGCUCCUCCAGCCCCUCUUCACCCCUGGACAACCACUCCGCCGUGGGCAGCCCCGCCAGCUGGCAGGAGGGGCGGGCGGCAGAGCCGGGCGGCGUGGGUCACAGCAGCCCGGCGCACCGCACGGAGGAGAUCCAGUACGGUAUGACCGGCAAGCAGCCGCAGGGCCAGACCAGGGGCCGCUCCUACUCCUCCUCCUCCUCGUCGGGAGGCCCCUUGUCCAGCCCGCUGCAGGUCCACUACCCCAGCCAGCACGCCGUCAGCCCCCCGCCGGCCCCGCCGCGGAAGUCCAGCUCGGCCUGGACCAGUCCUCCCCCGCCCCAGCUCGGCCACGGCCGCGGCGACCGCUGCCAGCAGGCGCUCUCCGACUGGUACUACAACCAGCAGCCCGAGCACUCGGGUCGCUGCAUGCAGACGCGCCACCGCAGCUACUCUCAGGACCGACUCAGUGAUUCGCGGAGGCGGCAGCAGCGGACGGGCGGCUGGCCACACAGCGCCUCCCAGGACACGCUGCUGCUGUUGCAGCAGUCAGGGCCGGGACCCCACGGAGAGCCCUGCUGGUCGUACGGAGACUGGGAGGGGGGCCCGGGCAGGGGCCACCAGGCCCCCGACUACACUCGAACUCGCUCCGAGAACCUUCUGGCCCAGUACGACCGACACGGCCGCUCGUUAGAGACGCUGGACCGAGCGGCGGCCGGUCUGGUGUCGCCUCGGUUUGAGAGGCCCUCGUGGCUCCAGCGGGCCCCCCAGCCGCCCCCCAGGACAGACAUCUACCCACGACAGGGGAGCCAUUUCGGCGCCACGUCCCGACACACGCCGUCACAUUCGAAACACCACCCGCAGCAACACUCCCAGGCCCACCACUCGAAGCCCCCGGCCCAGCAGGCUGCCCCCCAGGCCAGACGGCUCCCCGCCGGGCAGAGCAUGGACGACCAGCCGGUGGGCUACCUGAGUUACAGCCCAUCUUUCAACCGCAAGACGGGCCGCAUCAUGCAGCAGGCCCACUCCUUCAGGGACCCCUCGUACUCUGGCCCUCACAUGAACUGGAACCCAACGCCUAAAACCCCCAGCCCCCCGGAGGGCACCACGGCAGCCGCCGUCGCCUCCGCCGCGGCGUCGCCCCUCGCCUCCGCCACCCCCGAGUCCCAGGACAGAGCGUACAGGCCGACGAACCACGAGAGGGAACGAGCGUCGGUGGAGGGGCAGACGGAGGUGGCGCUGCCGCAGACCCAGGAAGUGGUGCUGAGGCAGAAGCCUCCCACCGGCCGGCGGAACGCCCACGGCAUGCGUCACCCCCACUACGCGCUGCCCAUGGACGGGCUAGAACCCUCUUUGUUUUCCUCUGACCCCCAGGACUCGGCCCCCGCCGCGUCCGGCUCCGCGGGCGACGUGGCCCCGCGCAAGCCAAACGGAAACCUCGCCCCGCUCUCCAUCGAGGACGACUCCCUGGCCUCCAUCCCCUUCAUCGAUGAGCCGACCAGCCCCGGCGCCGACUUGCGCGCCCGCCACGUGCCGGCGUCCUCCGUGGUGUCCAGCGGCAUGAGUUCGGCGCCCGCCGUUGUCACCAGCCCCGCCUCCCCCACCUUCACCUUCCCCCUCACUAGGCUCUUCUCACACGACUGCAGCAGUAUUAAAUCCAGUCGCCGUUCCUCCUAUCUUCUAGCCAUCACCACCGAGCGCUCCAAGUCGUGCGACGAGGGACUCAACUCGUUCCGAGAGGAGGGCCGGGUCUUCUCGAGGCUGCCAAAGAGAGUGAAGAGCUUCUUCACCGACGGGUCGCUGGACAACAUCGGCACGGCAGAGGAGGUCCGGUCGAAGCGCCACUCCACCUCGGAGCUGGGGAACAUCGCUUACAGCGACGUGCGGACGGAAGGAUGGCUGCACUUCAAACAGAUCCUCACGGAGAAGGGCAAGAAGGUCGGCAGCGGCAUGCGUCCGUGGAAGCGCGUCUUUUCGGUGCUCCGCUCGCACUCGCUGUUCCUCUACAAGGACAAGAGGGAGGCGGUGCUCCGCGGCGCCACGGUCGGCGGCUCGGCGGAGGACGAGCAGCCGAUCAGCAUCCGCGGCUGCCUGGUGGACAUCGCGUACAGCGAGACCAAGCGGAAGCACGCGCUGCGGCUGACCACGCAGGACUUCUGCGAGUACCUGCUGCAGGCGGAGGACCGGGAGGACAUGCUGGACUGGAUCAAGGUCAUCAGGGAGAACAGCAAGACGGACAGCGAGGAGCUUGGGUUCUCCCGACAGGCCCUCAUCAAUAAGAAACUCAACGAUUACAGAAAACAAAGUCCGACGGGCAGCAAGCCCGACUCCUCUCCCAGGAUGUCCCGCAUGAAGCCUCCCUUCCUGCACGGCAAGACGGAGAACGCCGCCGCCGCGCCACGCUCGCCCAAACCGGAGGGCAAAGACGAGAGCAGCCCGCCCAAGUCUCCGUGGGGAAUCAACAUCAUGAAGAAGACCAAGAAGGCCGGGCCCAAAGCGUUCGGUGUGAGGUUGGAGGACUGUCAGCCGGGCGUGAAUAACAAGUUCAUCCCACUGAUCGUGGAGAUCUGCUGCGGCCUGGUGGAGGAGAUGGGUCUGGAGUACACGGGAAUCUACAGGGUCCCCGGGAACAACGCCAUGGUGUCCAUGCUCCAGGACCAGCUCAACAAGGGCGUCGACAUCAACCCUGCGGAGGAGAAGUGGCAGGACCUCAACGUCGUCAGCAGCCUGCUCAAAUCUUUCUUCAGGAAACUCCCGGAGCCGCUCUUCACCAACGACAAGUACAACGACUUCAUCGACGCCAAUCGGAUGGACACCACGUCGGACAGGUUAAAGACCAUGAAGAAGCUGAUCCGCGACCUCCCGGAUCACUACUACCACACGCUGAAGUUCCUGGUCGGUCACCUGAAGACCGUAGCGGACAGCUCGGAUAAAAACAAGAUGGAGCCUCGCAACCUGGCGCUGGUGUUCGGGCCGACUCUGGUUCGGACGUCCGAGGACAACAUGAAGGACAUGGUGACACACAUGCCCGACCGCUACAAGAUCGUGGAGACGCUCAUCCAACACUACAUCUGGUUUUUCACUGAAGAGCUGGACAAGGAUGAAAAGACGCCGGUGGACACGGAGGACUUGCAGCCCGCCCCCAACAUCGACCACCUGCUGUCCAACAUCGGGAGGACGGCUCUGCUCGGGGAGGCCUCAGACUCAACCAACAGUGACUCGGCUAAAUCAAAGGCGUCGUGGGGGUCAAAGAAGGACCUGAGAGCGAAGGACUUCCUGGCUCUGUCCAUCAUGUCAGCUGUGACGGGCCGCAAGCGCAGGAAGCGGCACAACGGCCGCCGCGUGGGCAGCAGCACCGACGACGACUCGGAGCACGAGCCGGUCAAGGCGGGACAUCUAGGGGCAGAGGAGGAGGAGGAGGAAGAGGAGGCCGAGUCGCCCGGGGGAGACACCGCUCCUCGGGCGGAGGGAGAGGAGGAUGACGACGACGAAGAGGAAGAAGAAGAAGAAGAGGAGGAGGAGGAGGAAGAUGAGGAAGUCGUAGAAAGCGGAGUGAAAGGGGAGGUAGAGCCAGAGGCGGUGGCGGUCGCUCCCAGUCGGCCGUGCUGUAAAGAGGAAGAGGAGGCGGGAGGGAGGCGGGCAGCGCUGCUGCUGCAGGAGGAAGAGGCUCGGGCGGAGGUGAAGGGGCGGCCGUGGCGAGCGCCGGAGGACGCGCGCUCUAUCGUUUCCGGUUACUCCACCCUCUCCACGUUGGGCCGCAGCCUGGGCUCAGAGGGGAGGGGCGACGACGCCGACGACGAGCACAGCGAGCUGGUGAGCGAGACGGACAACGAGAGCGGCUUCGCCUCGCGCUCGCUCACCCAGGAGAGACCCGCCAAACACCCGACCGCACCCGUGAGCACGCAGACGGCGGCGGCGGCGGCGCCCCCGCGCAGCUUCCUCUACACACACUACAAACCCCCGGUUCUGUCGCCCACCAACCUGCUCGCCCCGCCCACGCCGCUCUCGCACACGCCAGACUCUGCGGAGAGGAGUGAAGGAGGGGCGCGCUCCACCACGCCCUCGUCCUCCACCAAUCACAGGCUGCACUCGCGGCCGUCGUUCAACUCCCACAAGCUGAUCCAGUGCGACACUCUGGCCCGGAAGAAGCUGAAGUCGGAGAAGGCCAAGGCGCGCUCCCUGGACCUGCUGGAGCUGUCCGAGGCCGUCGCUCAGUGCGGCGGCGUGGCCGCCCCCGGGUCGGACGGCGCCGCUCCCAGAGUGAGGAGGGACACCUCCAGAACCAACCCCUCGUCGGGCAGCAGCCAGGAGAGCAUGCGCCUGUCCCGGCCCAAGCCCGCGCUGCCGCCCCCCAGCGAGGCCGCCUCCUUCACCCCGACCGGUCCCGGCGGCAGGUCUCUGGCCGAGCACGUCCGCGCUCGCCUGCUGGGCUCGGCCGACGACCUGCGCAUCGUGGGACUGCGGAAGCCGCUGUCGCCCGAGACGCGGCGGAAGAGACGGGCCUGGCGCAGACACACCGUGGUGGCCUCGCCGACCGAGAUGUCCGACAAGAGACCCCCACUGAUCGUCAAUGAUUUCCCCUUGUCUCCCUACGGUCAAAACCAGCUCAAGACACCGGGGCUGCCUCGGGACGCAGACGCCCUCGAACAAGGACCAGCUACAUGUCAGGUACCCACCUCCAAUUUCCACCAGUACCUGUGAGCCCUGCCAGCUGACCCCAACUCCCCCCAACCCCCACUGCAAGGACAAGAGGCCGAAGCUGCUGACUCUGGGGAGAGGGGGGUGUUAGCCGAGCAGAGUUGUGGUUAGUUGCCAGGUGCAACACAGUGUGUACCAAUGAAACGCACCCUGUUCUCUCUUUUUGCGAUAAGCUCCGUUUGCAUGGCGAAGGGGCGUUCCAGCGUUGCCAAAGCUUUUUUCGUUUUUCUCCCCUUUUCCUGUACGUGCGCGUGCUUUUUAUAGAGAUAACACAGGAACAGGACAGAGACACAAACAGACCUCAUCACAAUCAAACGUCACACAGCCAAGAAUUCUCCUUUCGAGUGAAAUCCACAGCAUCGUUCCCGUCUCUUCUCUUUCCCCCAGCCUGGCUCACAGGUCGACAUAAAUCAAAGGGUGAAACCCCCCCCCCCCUUCAAGUGACCAGAGGAGGAGGAGGAUGUAAACCUUCCUCUGGUGCUUGAGAGAAUGGUGCUUCUUUAACAAAGUGGAAUUACAAAUUGUCUCCAAAUAAAUAUAUAUAUAUGUAUAUAUAUAUAUUUAUUUAAUAGUCAGGUUAAAACUAUUUCAAGAGGGCUGUGGAUUGAUUUUUCAUAUCAGUCUUCCUAAUCUCAGACCACAAACACUGUAACACACUCUGGUUUAUUAUUCUCCAAACAGUAGAAACACUAGGUCACACACACACACACACACACAGAAGUCGUCUCUCUCUCUCGCUCGCUCUCUCUCUCUCUCUCUCUCUCUCUCUCUCUACGUGUUAAUAAUGUCUUAUGUGUUGUUGUUUUUUUUUGCGCAAAACAAUAUUUGUGAUAAUGUCUGAUGAGCGUCCAGGUGUUUUUUGUGUCGGAACAAUUUUUGUAACAUUUGUACAAAGCCUUUGUUAAGUUAACCCUUGUAAAUAUAAAUAUUACGUUAUCGAAAAUUUAGUUUUUAACGUUUUUUUUAAAGUCCUUUUUUAUGGUUUACAAAAAAAGCAAAAAUGAGUGCGUACAAGUGCACAGUCAUUUCUUUCAAGAUGUUACUUGAAAUGUUUUCCCUUAAUAUAUUCUUUUUUUGUUUUAUAUUAUCUCCAUAUAUAUAUAUAUAUAUAUAUGCAUAUAUAUAUAUAUAUGCAUAUAUAUAUAUAUAUAUGCAUAUAUAUAUAUAUAUGCAUAUAUAUGUAUAUAUAUAUAUGCAUAUAUAUAUAUGCAUAUAUAUAUAUGCAUAUAUGCGUAUAUGUAUUGUAUCAAAGUUAAAAGAAGAAAAAAAACUUUUAUUGUGAUUCCACCUCUUAGGUGUGCCGAUGUUCAGAGGAGAUGAGAUAAACGCGACAAACACCGGUUCCUUAUUCCUUCAUCGAUGGCCUUUCUCUCUGAUUCUCAGCACUGUGCAGAAAAACUUUUAUCUUCCUGAGAUAAAGGGCUUAUUAAUAAGUUUAUAUCUGGUGACUAUAUAUACAUAUGUAUAUUCAGCGAUGUUGCAUCAACAUGUAGCAAGUGAAAAAAAGAAAUGUAAUCUGGUAAUUAUGACUUUAUAUUGGAGGCAGGCAGCUCGGAGCCAAACUGUGACAGAGGAACCUCAUGAUGUGCUUUUGUUGACUCAUGUCUGGGAUUACUGAGCAUUGCCUUUACACAUUUUCCCCACUUUCCCUCCUCUGGGGGUUCAUCAUCCGUCUGCACGUUUAUUACCUCGAGGUUUACACGAGCGGGCGUUUUCCAUAAGGUCGGGCCUCCAAUAAAAACCUUCGCCUGAGGAAAUGAAUCCAGAUAAUCUAUUGUUUUUUUCCCCACCCGGCUCCCUGAGUCACCAGAGACUCGCCUGUUUUUAUGCGACCAAAAAAAGAAAAAAACGGUGAAAACUAAAAUAAUAAUAAUGAUAAUAAUAAUAAAUUUUAAUUUAUUGUCUUUGUCUUACCUCAAGAUAUUUUCUACAAGUGCCUGAUUUCUUGGAAUGUGUUUUUUUCCGUUCUGCAGUGCCAUGUUUGGUUCUCAUCUUUUUCCAUUUUCGUCGUCGUCGUUGUUGUUGUUGUUGUUGCUCGGUCUCCUCCUCUCCUCUGGUUGAUGGUAUAACUAAAAAGCACUGACCCAAAGAUGUGUACGUCCAAAAUACAAGUGGUCGAACCGAGAGGAAAUUAAAGAAAAGAAAAGAAGAAGAAGCACACUUCAAGCCAAGGACACGUCUAUGCACUCUCUUUGUCAGGCAUUAACAGCUAUUACCGAUGCUGCCAAGAGGGAAACACGCAUAGUUUUCUCUUAACAAACUGAAGCAAUCUCUCCACAGUGUGUGAAUAAGGUACACCUAACCAGCCCCCUACCCCUAACCCUGCAUUACAUCAUGCCAAGACAACAUCAGGAACCCAGAGCCCAACUUCACCGGAUUGGAAAACUCAGCAGUUUGUGUGUGUGUGUGCGUCGUCGUCGUCGUCGUCUGAAACCGUGAUCCAACCUAAAUGUGUCGUUGUCGUAUUUCAAAAACAUCUUUUGUACAUACUUAUCUUCAUUAUGUAACAUACUGUAUUGUGUACAUUUGGAAUUGCUUUUCGAGUAUAACUGAUAUGAAAAUGAAUAGACUUUUAAAAGAAAAGACUGUCCGCCUGAAACCAUUUCCCCCCUCAUGGCUGUGUGCUUUAACGCAAGGUUAUAUGAUGUAAAUAAACAGAACUAUGUUUAAAAAAAGAAA